AUGGGAGAAAUAGCUGAUCUCUACAGCGCAACCGGUGCCGACGAGACUGCGUCUGAAAUAGUCAAUCGCCACAUUCGCUACCUACACCGAUACAACGAGAUGCGAGACAGCGGCUUGGGGAUGCUGAGCCUUCUUGCGGAGAACAAGGGUCUCACCUUGGCGCAGAUUUACAAGGAACGUGGUAUGAACGAGACUGUCGAGUUGUGGUUCCCGGGCUGA